UCAAAACUAAGAAAAUGUCGGUGAAGAAUAUGAAUGCCGGGAGUGGUGAAACCAGCUACGCAAACAACUCAGUCCUCCAAAAAGUUGUGAUGACAAAAACAUGGCGAGUCUUAGACGAAACCCUAAAAGAUAUGUUGACAAGAGAUGAAUAUGAAUUCACGAAAUGCAUGAAGAUUGCAGAUUUGGGUUGUUCAUCAGGUCCUAAUACCCUUUUGGUAAUUUCACACAUCAUCGAGCAACUGUCCGAAAACAAACACGUUCCUAAACAACUUGAAGUGUUUCUGAAUGAUCUUCCAGACAAUGAUUUCAACAAUCUCUUCAAACUGAUGUCGACGAAUACGAAUACGAAUACGAAUACGAAUACGAAUACGAAUACGAAAAAUAAUAUAGAGUGCUAUAUAUAUGGUGCACCUGGUUCUUUCUAUGGCAGACUUUUCCCAAACAACAGUCUUCACUUUGCUUUCUCAUCUGCAAGCAUUCAUUGGCUCUCCCAGAUUCCUCAAGGCUUGGAGAAGAAUAACAAACAAAACAUAUACAUAACAACAACGAGUCCGCCACAAGUAUUCGAAGCAUACUCGAAGCAAUUCGAGAGGGACUUUAUGACUUUUCUGAAGUUGCGGGGCGAGGAAAUACGAGGUGGCGGUCGUAUGGUUUUGGGAUUCCUCGGUAGAAUUGCUGCGGACCCCACUUCCAAAGACGAAUUCAAGACUUAUACGCUCCUCUCGGAAACACUUUCCGAUAUGGUUGCAGAGGGGCUUGUGAAGGAGGAUCAUUUGCACUCAUUUAACAUUCCGAUGUACGCACCGUCUAUACAAGAAACCGAGGCGGCAAUCCAGAACGAAGGGUCCUUCAAUUUGGACAAGAUGGAAGGUGUUUUGGUCCCAUGGGAUGCCAACGAGGACUACAACAACUACGACAACAUGGUUUCCGACAAAAACAACAACACGGGUAGCGGUAAAAUUGUGUCGAACUGUGUUCGGGCUUUCGUGGAGCCCAUGUUGGUUGUCCACUUUGGGAGCUCCAUUAAUAUUGAUCGUGUCUUCGAUGUUUAUGAAAAAAAGAUGGAGGAGCAUUUAUCCGUCGAGAGAUCGUCUUAUUUUAUUCAUGUUAUUUCCUUAACUAGAAAAACAUAAAAAUUGUGAAAAAAAAAGGGUACUCUUUUCCUUGUUUUGGUCGAUAAGGUUUUUAACGAGGCCCUUUGUACUUUUUCAUAUUAUUAAUGAAAUAAAUGUUUUCGG